CCGCUGUGCUACCAGCUCUACAAAACUCAGGCUGAUUUGCCAUAGCUUCAUCGGACCCAAUUGCGUCUUCUCUUCUAUUCGCGACAAAAAAUCCGCACCACCGCGAACCAUGGCCCUCCUCGAAGCGAAAGUCAAGAGCGUGCUCUCCGGCGACACCGUCAUCCUCCACAACAUCAACAAUCCGAAGCAGGAGCGCACGCUGAGCUUGGCUUUUGUGUCCGCGCCCCGAUUGAGGCGGGAGGGAGAUGAGCAAUUCGCUUUCGAAUCGCGCGACUUCCUACGCCGCCUGCUCGUGGGCAAGGUAGUGCAAUUCCGCGUGCUCUACAAGAUCCCCACCGGCGCCAACCGCGAAUACGGUGUCAUCUCCCUGCCCAACCGAACACAGCUGCCCGAGCUCGCCGUUGCCGAAGGCUGGGUCAAGCUACGAGAUGACGCGGGCCGCAAAGACGAUUCAGACGAGUCUACCGCGCUGCUGGAGAAGCUUCAGGUGUUCGAGGCGCGGGCCAAGGCGGACUCAAAGGGCGUAUGGCAAGAGUCAGGCGGCAGGAUCGACUCAACCUCCGAGCUGAGUGAUCCAAAGCAGUUUGUGGAGGACAACAAGGGCAAGGACAUCAAUGCGAUUGUGGAAAAGGUCCUCUCCGGCGAUCGUCUCAUCGUCCGACUGCUGCUUUCCCCUACCGAACACGUGCAGACGAUGGUCCUGCUAGCGGGUAUUCGCGCGCCAGCAACAAAGCGGACUAACCCGUCAGACGGCAAGGAACAGCCUGCUGAGCCUUUUGGCGACGAGUCGCAGCAAUUCGUAGAAAUGCGCUUACUGCAGCGAAACGUUGUCGCGAACGUGCUCGGUGUCAGCCCAAAUGGACAGAUCGUCGCUACCAUUAAACACCCGGUGAAUGGCAACAUUGCGCCCUUCCUGCUCAAGGCCGGUCUGGCGAGAUGUACAGACCAUCAUACGACUUUGCUUGGACAGGAAAUGAGCGCCCUUAGGCAGGCUGAGAAGGCCGCUAAAGAUAGCCGGCAGGGUGUCUUCCAAGACCACGUCGCUCAGAAGACAUCACCAUCGGGCGAGCUGGAAGCUAUUGUUAGCAGAGUACAGAGCGCCGACACCCUUUUCUUACGGGGCAAGGCGGGCGCUGAGAGGCGCAUCAACCUCAGUAGCGUCCGCCAACCGAAACCGACCGACCCCAAGCAACAACCAUGGGGACCGGAAGCCAAGGAGUUCCUGCGAAAGAAGCUGAUCGGGAAGCACGUCAAGUUCCACGUUGAUGGAAAGCGUGCCGCCACCGAAGGCUACGAUGAGCGCGAGAUGGCCACUGUCACCUUCCAGGGCAAGAACGUCGGCUUACUGCUCGUGGAGAAUGGCAUGGCCUCUGUCAUCCGACAUCGUCAGGAGGAUACGGACCGUAGUCCCAUCUACGAUGAUCUGCUGCUCGCUGAACAGGCCGCGCAGGAAGCACAGAAGGGUCUGUGGUCACCAAAGGCUCCCGCCGCUAAGCAAUACGUUGACUAUUCCGAGUCGCUGGAGAAGGCGAAGCGUCAGCUCUCUCUACUGUCACGGCAACGUAAGGUUCCAGCGGUCGUGGACUUUGUUAAAUCGGGUUCACGCUUCACUGUGCUUGUGCCUCGCGAAAAUGCCAAACUUACCUUUGUCCUCUCCGGCAUCCGCGCACCGCGCUCUGCGAGGAACCCCAAUGAGAAGGGUGAGCCAUUUGGCCAGGAAGCGCAUGACUUUGCAAACAGGCGAUGCCUCCAGCGUGACGUUGAAAUCGACGUCGAAGACUGCGACAAGAUGGGUGGCUUUAUUGGCACCCUCUACAUCAAUCGCGAGAACUUUGCAAAGGCGCUGCUAGAAGAGGGUUUCGCCACAGUACAUGCCUACUCUGCCGAAAAGGGGGGCAAUGCCAACGAGCUUUUCGCUGCAGAACAGAAAGCAAAGGACGCACGAAAGGGCCUAUGGCAGAAUUACGAUCCUUCUCAAGAUGAGGAGGCGGAGCCGACUGCUGCCGCCGCCGAGACGAAUGGUCAGAACGGCGAGGCAGCGGCAUCGCGCCGCAAAGACUACCGAGACGUUGUUAUCACCCACGUUGAUGACUCCGGAAAGCUCAAGCUGCAGCAAGUGGGGACGGGCACCGCCGCCUUGACUGAACUCAUGAACGCCUUCCGCUCCUUCCACCUCAAUCCCACAAAUAAUCAAGGUCUUCCCAACCCUCCCAAGGCUGGCGACUUCGUAGCAGCCAAGUUCACCGCCGACGAUGAGUGGUAUCGAGCACGCAUCCGACGCAACGACCGUGAAGCGAAGAAGGCCGAGGUUGUCUACAUCGACUACGGAAACUCGGAAGUUCUCCCUUGGUCGCGUCUCCGACCUCUCAGCCAACCUCAGUUCUCUCCACAGUCAAAGCUGAAGCCUCAAGCCCUCGACGCCCAACUCUCCUUUAUCCAAAUGUCUGCCAACCCUGAAUAUCUUGCCGAUGCGGUGCAUUUUAUCGCGCAGGAGACGGCGGAUCGUCAGCUUGUGGCUAACGUUGAUCAAGUCGAGAAGGACGGCACUCUCUGGGUUACUCUCUUCGAUCCCAAACAGAGCAAGACAGGGGUCGACAGCGUGAACGCCGAUGUCGUCAGCGAGGGUCUCGCCAUGGUGCCGAAGAAGUUGAGGGCUUGGGAGCGGGGCGCUUCGGACAUUCUUGAUGCCUUAAAGAAAAGGGAGACUACCGCCAAGGCGGAGAGGAGGGGUAUGUGGGAGUACGGCGAUCUAACGGAGGACGACUAGAUGCUUUC